UGUUGUAUCCACUUCUUAUUUUUCAGGAUUCUUUGAAAAUUCCUUAGUGGUCUUGACAUUGUUACAAGUGACAUAAAUUAGCCAGUGGCUCAGAAUGAUGGAUACCCAGAAGACUACAAAUGGUUUGCAAGUGAUUGGACCAGGGACUGGUAUAGGGAUAUCGACACUCCCCAUGGUGGGGUAUUUGGGAAAAACUUGUAGUGCUGUUCAAGUAACCGCACAUGAGUAUUGCCCAGUCUGCAAGGAGAAGGGCCAGGCACAAACUUUACGGACCUACCGCAUUAAUUUUCAAGAAUCUAUUUUCCUUUGUGAAAACCCUCAGUGUAUCUACCCACUCGGUUAUAAACCAUUAAACAACAUAAUUAUUUCUGCUGAUUCAGAAAAACACCAAAUUGCAUGUACUGAAAAGAAAAGGAAAUUGUGUGAUAUUAGUGACUUUUCUCCCAUUGAAUUGCAUCCAAAGCAGGCAAGGACUAAUAACAGGGUAAAUGUUGAGCAGAGUAUUAAUGCAAAUCCUGCUGUCAGCUACUGUGAGGACAGUUUAUGUGCUCCUGGGCCAAGCCCACCUAAUAAAUUACAGAAUGACCAACAAAAGACUAGUAGCAAAGUGGAGUCUCUCAUGCAGAAGGUGGACACUGAAACAACCACCAGAGCCAGCAGGGAUCAAAAAAGUCCUGCGAAGACUUUGGCCGGAGCACAGCUCCUACCGAAUCCUGAACUUUGCUCAACAGCAUCUGAACUUUUGCUCAAAGACGAUAAAAGUUCCACUAAUAACUCAGAUUUAUGUCUUCAGUGGAGGAACGUGUAUGCUCUUUGUUGGUUAAACUGCAUUUUGUCAGCACUGGUACACUUAGAAACAUUAAAGUUGGCUUUAACAGAAGAAUACACCGAAGAAAAAUGUUUACUCCAGAGCCUCCUUACAAAAUACAGUCAAGCAACUGCACUUCUGAACACCUGUAAAAGAAGUAAGGUAAAAGAUGUUCUUCCAAAAGCAGAAUCCCAUCUCAAUGAAAUCAGAAAUAGAAUUUUUAUGCAGCUUCAGCCUCUGCUUGGGUGUAAAUUGGGUGAGGAGGAAAGCCCAGUGUUUGCGCUCCCUCUGCUUUUACGACAGGAUCGCCAAGCGGAGAAGCUGUUCCUGACUUCAUUUUCAUGGAAGUUUGAGUGCUUACGGUGUGGCUACAAAUACCAGGACCGGUGUGGGAAAACAUUACCAACGUUCACAAAUGUAAUCGCUGAUUGGCAUCCACUUAAUGCUGUUCACAUUGGUCCGUGUAAUAACUGUAAUGAUAAAUCUCAAAGAAGACAGAUGGUUUUGGAAAAAGUACCCACAAUAUUUAUGUUGCAUUUCGUCGAAGGCUUGCCACACAACAACCUGGAGAAUUACUCUUUUCAGUUUGAAGGGGAUUCCUACCAAAUAACGUCUGUUGUUCAGUAUCAGUCAGCCAAGAAGCACUUUGUAACCUGGUGUUUGAAUCCUGAUGGAAGUUGGCUUGAAUGUGAUGAUUUAAAGGGUCCGUAUUGCAAGAAACAUAAAAGAUUUGAAGUUCCUCCUUCAGAGAUUUUUAUUGUUUUCUGGGAAAAGAAAAUCUCCAGUGCGCCGAAAGAAGCGGACGCACAGUUCCUGAGUAAAAAUAGUGAAGAUUUUCCUCUUAAUAAUGUACAGCCGAAUUCCCCAGCGUUGCACUGUGGUUUUGCUGUGGACRGAAUAGCUGCGGAACCUCACGGAGAGGAUUCUGUGAGAAUUCCAGAUAAGAAGCCCCAGCAGGUAGCCGAGGAUGAAAGCGGCGCUCGUCGGGCUUCGGCAGAGCUGGCACACGACGAUGUUAUAACUCUGACACUUGUCGAAAUUCAGCUCGACKCAGAAGCUCAAUCACUGGAGAACAGGCAGGUGGUGGGAAAUAACCUUGUUGGCGGGACGGACUCGCUGCGACAGCAGGAAUCAGCUUGUUCACCUGGGGCUCCGCAGAGGGGAGAGGCUGCUGGAACUAGGCUGCCUGAGAAUAAUCAAUGCGCUUUAUCUGAAGAUCGCAGCGUCUCCUUACCUCCAGAAGAGCUAAAUACAGCAAGUAUUACUGCUCCAGUGCCUAAAAACCACUUCUCUUACCCAUCUUACUCGCCUCUUGCUCAGAGAACGGAUGACAGAGCAGAUUUAUUUAAUAGAGCAAAUGGUACUGGAUUAAGUUCAGAACUUCAGCUAAAGAAGAAUUUCUCACCUGCGAAUAAUAUUACACAAAAGUCACCUGACUUGACAGAUGGAAGCAAAACUGUAGUUGAUUCUCARAUUGCGAAUGCUGCUGCUGCUAAUAAUCCUCUUCAGCCUUCACAAAAAGACCAGAAAAGAGGAUUUGUAGGAAGCUGGGUAAAGAAAUUACUAAGCAGGAAUACUUCUUUUAUGCCUUCAAGUGCCUCAACUCUUAAAAAUCAGCGAAAUUCCCAAACUCCUUCAGUGCAAAAAGURAGUGAUGUAAGGCUGCCAGUUAAGGGAGCAAGUAACUUUGAUGGAUUUCAAGGCAGAGGCGCAAACAAAGUGGCCGAGACCCCUAAAUUAGCAGUUCCUCAAAGUAAAAAUAUUCRUCCUUUGUCAAAUUUCAAAGGGUUUUCUGCAAACAUUCAUCUUCCUACGAAAAAACCUGUUGCUAACGAAGGUCCAGCUUGGAGGAAGGCAGGUGUGAUGGAUGCCUCGAGCUGGGCAGUGCAGCUUCAUUCACCCAGCUCCAGUGCUGGGAGGGUGAAGGAGUCAGAUGCCGAUCAAAUCAAAAAGCUCCGCCAAAAACUGCUAAAAAAGCUUAAUGCUAAAAAGAAGAAGUUGGCUUCGCUGGACAGGCUUGCAGGGGAACAGAUGCAGCACGAGAGGCCUGUGAACGGAGCUGGAAGCACCCCAGCUCGUUUCGACCCUCCUAAUGAAUCUCACAACGACAGUGAGUUAUUACAGACGUUUUUAAGGGAGCUGCAGCAUCAGAUUGACGCUGCGGAUAACGCAUCUGAUGCAAGCUCUGUUUCCAUGUGCACUGGCCAUGAUGCUAAUAGUGAAAUAUUGGCAGAAUUACUGUCCCCUGCUUCCACGGUGGCUUCCUUAGAGGUUCCAAGAGGUGAGGACGAAUGYAGGUAUUUGGAAAUGGGGGACAGCAGCGCGGCCCCGGGCGGGCCUGCCGAGGCGGCCGGCGCGUCCCACGCCACGGGGCCCCGGCAAGAUCACAAUUACUACAGCCCUGUGAAGGACAGCACUGCCCAGGGGCCACCAAUGAACAAAUGCAGCAUGAGAAAACUCGCUUUUGAAAGUCCCACAAGYGAAGAUCUCCUCGAAGACCUGUUCUCCAUUUCAGAACCAAGCUCAAUAGCAGGCGAUAUAGAUUUACCUCAUUUUGAUGAAACUCUGUUUGAAAAUUGGUGAAGAUUCAGUUCCUUAUUUUUAGUAUUUUUAAUAUUAUGUAUAUAUUGAAACAAAGCACUAUUUAAAUUAUAUUUUCUAUCUUGGUUAAUUGCACACUGGCUGUACUUGAAGAAUUUACAUUUGAAGUAUUUUUUUUUCCUUAGGGUUGCAUUUUAGAAGACAAACAAGGUUUUAAUCCCAUUUUGCCUGUGAACGAGUUAUUUUAGGGGUAGAAUAAGAGGAUAGAGUAAAUUAAAAGCUCUUAUAAGUCUUCUUUUUUUUUGCUGCUGCUCUUAAUGUGGCAAAUUCAUAUUUUAUAGAGCUUGAAAAUAACAACUUUCACUAUCCUUGAUGGUGUAAGUAAUACUGUUUAGGAAGUCUUGAUCUAUUUUUCAGAAGUCUUGUUGUCCAACCUCACACUGACCCUAAAUCAGGGGUAUUUGAAUCCCUCAAUGCAAAGAUGAUUGCCACGCUGAGAGGUCAAGCAUGGUGUGUUCUGCUGGGCAUUUCAGUCUUCAGAUCUACAGGUCUGCAAGCUCUUCCUGCAUGUAAGGAAGGAGGGAUAUAAAAUCAAAAUUUUCCUAUCUAAAGUGCUGUGGUUCRUUCCAGGUUAAAUGAAAAUACAAUUUUGCAGAAUAUACUUCUGAGCCUGCUAAUCUUUUAAGCAAAAUAAAUAGGAUUUGACCCAGAAUUUGCAGCAUUAAGAAAGAGCUGGUACCAAUGGUAACUUUCAUGUAUCCAGUGCUGCAAAUUCAUUACUACGAAAGUGCCCAAGCAUUAAAGUUAACUGACAUUAGCACUGAUAACUGCUGCCACUAGGAAUUUUUCAUGGAURGAGCUGAGUACUCCAGCCUUUGCACAAGGGAAUGUACACUGUGUAGGGAAUCCUACACAGUAGGAACAAAGGAAUGGAGAAAUAUGGCAAGAAAGAGGGAGUAAGAAGAGAGGAGCGUUUACAUCUCGGUAUUUCUGGAUUUGUGUAUAGCUUUCAUUUUGUUUAAUACAUACRUGAAUUCAUGUAUACAAACCUGAGAUUAUUGUUUGCCAAAUUACAGCUCCUAAAAUAUUCUUCACAUCCRUGGCAAUAAAGAUUUUAUCAGCAAGGCUGGUUCAGCCCUUUUUGGAGGCACUCUGUGUUUUAUUUAUCCCCAAUGCAAAACAUAAGCSCUGCUGUCGUACCCUUGAACAGGUGCACUAGAACAGAGCGGUUGUUACAGGUCAUGGCUACAGAGGUGGAUGGGCUUGGAUAACUUGACCAGAUCCCAAAAGUGUGUGAAAAGCAGUCAGGGGUGCUGAACUCGCCCUCCCAAACUGCCUCUGUUGCAAUUGUGGGUAUGUCCAUGAAACUUCCACUACAGCAAAUGAACAACUUCACUCUGAUUAGGUCAUUGUUAAAAACCUGAGCA